GGCGUGACUCUGCUGGUGGCCGAAGGGUUGUGCCGCCUUCAAGCGCGUUGCUCGCGAACGCUCCGGUGGUGCACUACCAGCCUCUGCUUCAUUCUAGUGCUGCUCUUCGCUGCACGCACCUGGAACCGGAACAGCGCCUGGGCGUCCAGAGAGGCCCUGUUUGAAUCAGGCAUUAGGGGCCUUCCGGGAAACGCAAAGAUGCACUACAACUACGCCAAUCUGCAGAAGGACAUUGGCAACUCUGACUUGGCCAUCAAACACUAUAGGCUGGCAAUCGAGUUGUGGCCAGAUCACGCCAGCGCUCACAACAACUUGGGCACUGUGGUGACGUCGGCCGAGGAAUCUGAACAUCACUUCCGGUACGCCUUGCAUGUCAAUCCAAACCACCCAGGGGCUCAUUUUAACCUCGCCAAUAUCUACAGCAAGCAAGGCGAGAAGGAUAUUGCUAGAACCUUGCUGGAGCGAGCGGUAGAGCUUGAUCCCGAUUUUUGCGAGGCGUACUCGUCGCUCGCUGCACUCGCCGCCGCAAAGGGAGACCUUGCUGAAGCCGAGAGACUGCACCAGAUGGCGCUAAGCAGCGACGACCGAAAUGCCGACGCGAAGAACAACUACGGAACAUUCCUUCAGUCACAGGGACGCACUGAAGAGGCCAUGACACAAUACCAACAAGCUCUAUACAUUCAGCAAAACCACACCGUGGCACUCCUCAACGCAGCUAGAAUCCUUCGCACCAUGAACCUCAAUAUGCAGGCCGAGAGCCUCUACAAGAGGGCCCUCGACAUUGAGCCGGAUCCACAGGUGAUGGACAAUCUCGCUGUGUUCUACGUCAAUGCUGGUCGCCUGGAUGAAGCAAGAGAGCUGUUCGAGGAAAUCGAUCGCCUUUUCCCGGAACACCGUGAAAGCAAGGUUCACCAUGCUCAACUUCUGAUUCGGCUACGAAGUUUUCGAGCAGCUGACGACCUCCUGCUAGAUGUGAUCCAGCACAACAGCACUGACAGAGCAGCCUUACACACCGCUGCUCUUUUAUACAACCACAUCAACCGCACAGUCGAGGCACUGGGCUACAUACUGAAGGCUUUGAAGCUGUGCGAUGUUGACGAUCUGCUUUGUGCAAAAAUACACAGCGAUCAUGGUGACAUACUGAAGGACUUGGGCGACCUCAGCUCCUCAGCACAGAGCUACGAAGUCGCCAUUCGUCUGGAUCCUGACUUCGCACACGCUCAUCUGAACCUUGCUGUGAUCAGACAUUUGGAGAGUGACUACCCAGGUGCGUAUCGACACUACCAAGUGGCCCUCUCUCUGGACCCAAAGAACAAGCUCAUCACAGACAACAUGGCCAAGUUGAGGCGGAGAAUCACUAGGCCACUGCCUUUCCACGACUGCGUUUAGUGCUGGUGCGUCGUCGGAGUGCAUUUACCGUGCCGCUUUUCUGUGUAUGGACACUGACGCUUUGGCGGUACCUCUCGAACUGGAUUCACAGUGUAUCGCAUUCUACGUUCCGCAAACAUCGUGAGUGAACGUGCAGACGUUCCGGUUAGUUCACUCUAACUCUGGAAUGAUGGCAUCACGACUCGUGAUUGAGACUCCAAAUGUUCUAGGUGUGUGUAUUGGAUCUAUUGCUGCUUCGCGAUAUCCCGUCACAUUCCACACUGCUGAUAAAGCCACCCACACAUGGACUGUGGAAUUAUCGUGUCCGUGAACGGACGCUCAUAGCUUUGUAAACAUGCUUUUUUUUUACGUGCAGGUAUGCCGGAUUCGAUUUGCCGAAACAGUCUGCAGUACAUCCGCUCCUUGAAAGUCCAUGGUGUCAGACCAUGGAUUUUCAUGGUGUGAUCACAGUGUGACACUAUGACACGAUCAUGGUGUCACAACAUUAUCGCGUCGCGCCAUGUUGUUCUGCAAUGUUGCAGGUUAUUCAGUUUUACCACUGCUUUAAUACAGGACUGAUAAGAAUGUGCAUUACAUUGGACUGUGGUGUUUCUAUUGUGCAAAAAAAAUAUUGCUCUGCAAAAGUUUCGCCUACAGAUUCCUGGUCGCACGAAAGCUUGAAAUAGAUCUUGCGGGCUUUUAAACUGAAUGUGAACAAAAGUGACCGGGGACUACGAUCCUGUUCUCAUAUAGGCCUGUCCUUACACCAUUUGAAGCAGAAAGGGAAAAAAUUCGACAAGAAUCUUCUUAUUGAUUGUGCCAUGUUUUUUUAACCUAUUUAUGUGUCCCUUCAUUGCCACGACCUCUGUGGGUUUUCUGCACAGAAAAGUACCACUUCUUCGAGUAGUGGCAUAAGACUAUGCAACAUAGUGCCUAGAUUUCCGACUCUCAGUGAUGUUAUUCAGUGCGCUACUGCAACUUAACUCUCUCAAAGUGUGACAGGUUUGCUCAGAUGUAGCUGCUGUGACUGAAUCAUCGUGUGUGUCGUCCUAUCGAAGCUUACGAAUAAGCGACGUCGGAAUGCAGCAGCGGAUACAGGGAAAUGUCGCGAUGUAACAUGUCUGACGUCAUCAUCGCGAUGCAGCGCACGUAAGCAUUGAGUGUCUUUGUGUGGCCUACAACGUCUCUGAAAACUCUGUGUACUUUCCGUUUUGCGGGAUGCUAUGCAGGAAGGAGUACGGAGCUGUUGAAUGACAUGUAUAUUUGUGUAAAAAAAAGCCCUUUUUGGGGGAGGCGAGGGGGCAGGGAAGAGGCCCUAUCGCGCUUUGAAUGACAGGGAGUUUACCUAGUUGAUACGGAUUCAGCAUAAAAGAAGACAGGCGUGUAGAUACGGGCACAAGAAAGUUGAUCAAGACAACACAAAGCCGUGUUUGUGUCGGCUUCAUCUCUAGUCCUGUGACCGUGUCUGCACACAUACCUUCUUUUACCACCGUGCCAUUGCCCCGUGAAGGGUUUUCUUGGGCUAACUAUUGUUGUACUUAUGAUUCUGCCGUUUUUACAAAUGCGCAAUGGAAUAUUUUUUUUGCUCAUUACAAUGGCUCCAUGUCAGUGAAACUUAUAUGGCACAGAAGAAGCAGGCACAUGGAAAGAAAUUGCGGGGUUUUGUAUUGAUGAGCUCCUUCGGUCAUCUCCACAGGACAGUGAUACUAGAUAUUGUAAGAAGGAAAGCUAUGAUUUUUCAAGGGCUCGUUUGUUUAGAUAUUGUAAGACAGUUCAUAACACUCCACGGUACCAACCGGCCAUCAUAAGUUGUGAACAGUUACCUAGUAUUGUUUACGCAGCCUGCGUUUAAACAGCAACAUGUAAUUGUGCGAAAGCUUGUGACAGCAACCGCAUUACCUUGGUACACAGUUCGAAGCGUCGCAAACGAAUGACUACGUAUAGUCUGGUGAGGCUGUUUAAUUUAACGCGACCAGUCAAAGAAACGAACGAUUGCUCAAGUUCAUAGUUGUGAUACGAAGAAGCAAAUAGGCCUCCUUAGGCUAUGCCAACACACCUUUUCGUCGCUCUACAUGAGACAAUGCCACCAGAUUUCUCGCGCGAUUGGGUGAAAAUUGUAAUCCGUGUAAUUGUAUUGGCGUAACACUGAGCGUACGUGCUUUUUAUAUAAAGUAAGCAGGCUGUCUGAGAUAACAGGUCAGCUUUAAAAUGUUCUCACGAAGCUUAUUUCGCCGUAACAGAAAUUUGAUCGUAGUAAUUGUGUAACUUAUAGGUGUUUAUCGUAUCCAAAACGUUUCAUACACUGAAUAUAUUGCCUUCCUUCCACUAUAGCUGCAUAACGGCGUCCUGACUGCCGGAUGAGCUUGCAAGAGCCGUUAUUUGCGUCGCCUUACUUCACCAGAGCCUAGCAAGAGUAGCUUGCCUUCUAGAAGGGUGUCUCACUUUGUGACUCAUUUGGUCAAUCGUCGCGAGUGCUAAGUGUUCAUUGACAUUAUUGCUUGACGACGCUGAAUCGCCCCCAACUGAUGUUGUGUUUGUAUAGCCCACGAGAAGUGAUGUCAUCGAGUUGUGUGAGGUUUUUGUGUAUAGUUUUGAGCCUACGGGAAAAACUCAGUUUUUUUCACCGUCAAAUAUCUCUAUCGCCGUUUUGUAGAACUAUUUUUAUUAUAGCCCAAUCAACUGAAAUAGCCCGUGUCUCUGUCCCGUAUGUAUGCUUACCUGUCAUCGCAUGUACCAGAGUGACAUUGUUCGAGUUGUCAUUUCGUAUUUGUGCGACUGAGUGUUCUCUGUGAGUAAACAUGUUUGUAGAUGCAAUGAUGUCAUGGUAC